GUAUGUUUGAAAAAUUUUAUUAUUAUAAAAAUAAAUUCUUUUUUUUUCUUAAGAUUCUUCGAAUGGAAGAAGAAUGUAUCGAAAACACCUUUCUUUAUCUAUCAAACAGAACCAUUUCUUAAUGAAAAACAUUAUCCAAAUAUUAAUAUCGAAAAAAUUUCUCAACAAUCUGAAAAAGAUAAAUUACCAUUAUUAGCUAUGGCUGGUCUUUUUGAAAUUAAUCAACAUUGUGAAAGUGAACCAUUAUAUACAUGUACAAUAUGUACAGUAGAUGCAAGUGAAACAAUGCGUAAAGUACAUGUUCGAAUGCCAGUAAUUUUAUCAAGUCAACAUGAAAUAGAUGAAUGGCUUGAUUUUGGACGAUAUAAAACUGAACAAGUUCUUCCAUUACUUGUACCAAAUAAUGAUAUUAAAAUGUAUCGAGUAACACCAAAUGUAGGUUCAACAAAAUUUAAUGAUAUUAAUAAUAUUCAACCGAUUGAUGUUGAUAAAGAAAAUAAAACAGUAUCAUCAAAUCGAAAUACACUUGAUUCAUUUGUAAUAAAAAAAGCACCGAGUAAAUAUUUUCAAGAUCAUAUGUUCAAAGAUGAAAGUAAUAAAAUAUUAUCACAUAAACGAAAUCAAGAUACAAUUGAUGAUUAUAUAUAUAAAGAAAUAAAACCAUCAGUAAAACGAUUCAAAAAAUAG